GAUUAGUCAAGGCCAUGAUGAGACCCAUCGAUUAACAUAGAGCCAAAAAAACACAAACAAGUCGCCGCCCACAAACGUCGCUUCGGACUCGGAGGCAAUCUUCGGAGGGCAGUUCAAUCGUUCUAUGCAACAGCCGCCGGCACCUUCAGUGGCAGAGGAAAUGCAAUCACCACCGCCCUCAUCUUUGACUUACAACGAGGCUGUCGGACAACCGGGACACUUUGGAUGGAACGUACGGCCAGGGCCACCGGUCCCGCAAUCCGAAGCAGGCGGAGCAGAUGUCUGGAAAGACGACAGGAAUGGAGGAGUGCCUCUCGAUGCUUUUGUGGGAGGCUAUGACAACGAACGGAAAAUUUAUGUCGGAAGAGCUCAUUUUAAGGAUGGUCUAAUUCCAGGAAAAGUUGUGCCUCAACAUGGGAAAGCUUUUAUUCCAUGGGGUUGCAAGGAACACGCGUUGGAUUCGUACGAGGUGUUGUGCGGCAAUAACGGAAAAUACGAUUGGAUGCCAACUACUAUUCAAAGAGAAGUGCCGAGCAAUGCUGUGAUCGGUGGAUAUUCAGAAGGCAAUCGCGACACGCUUUACAUCUGCCGAAUUGUGACAAAAGAUGGUAACCACGCCAUUGGCAAGGUGCACCACCGUUGUGAAAACGGUUUUGUACCGUAUGGUGGAAAAGAGUUGAAUACUGGUGUUUUUGAGAUACUGGUGAGGCUUUUUUAACGACAUCAUAAAUAAAUCUAAGAGCACCGCUUCUUUGCCUUUGAAUAUUGUAAUCUGUGUAAUAAGCAUAACCGCUUUUUUUUUGCAACGGCUUUUAUUAUAAAUUUAUGUGGAUAACUCAUACUUUAUAUUAUAACAAUAAAUUUAAUGGCAUAAA